CGUGUGGCAAGUAAAGUGCGCAAAGUGCGAUGCUACGUUCUGCUGCUACCAUUUUGACCGGUCAUUCGAAGUUGAUCUGCCGUGCGGAUAGUAUCGUGCCGUGUGUUUCGCUCCCGGUUAGCAGCCAUUUUACGAGUACAAACCGUAGCAGCAGCAGCAGCAGUAAUUGUCGCUGUCGAAUAAAAACGAAGAGCAGAUAGUAAAGCAAAAAGAAACACGAUGGGAUACAGCCUAGGAACGGAGGAGCUUUCCAGCAAGUCGAGCGGACUGUGGCGUGCGCUGCUGGCCGAGUUUGUAGGCAUUUUCAUACUGAAUUUCUUCGCUUGCGCCGCCUGUACGCAUGCGAAUGGAGAUAAAACGCUGAUCUCGCUGGCAUUCGGGCUGAGCGUGUUCAUGGUGGUGAUGUCGAUCGGACACAUCAGCGGUGGCCACAUCAAUCCCGCCGUGACGGCUGGAAUGUUGGCCGCGGGCAAGGUUAGCCUGAUCCGUGCGCUGAUGUACGUUGCGGCCCAGUGUGCCGGUGCCGUUGCGGCCACCACCGCCCUCGAUGUGCUGAUUCCGAAAAGCUUCCAGAACGGGCUCGGCAACACCGGGCUGAAGGAGGGCGUCACCGAUAUGCAGGGGCUCGGGUUCGAGUUCUUCCUCGGCUUCGUGCUGGUGCUGUGCGUGUUUGGCGUCUGUGACGAGAACAAACCGGACUCGCGCUUUGUGGCACCGCUAGCCAUCGGGCUAACGGUUACGCUCGGCCAUCUGGGCGUGGUGGAGUACACUGGGUCAAGCAUGAACCCGGCCCGUUCCUUCGGCACCGCAUUCGUCACGGACAGCUGGGCUCAUCACUGGAUCUACUGGGCUGGACCGAUCCUGGGCGGUGUUACGGCGGCUCUGCUCUACUGUCAACUGUUCAAGGCACCGACCGCCAGCGAUGCUUCCGAGCGCUACCGUACCAGCGCGGACGAUAAGGAGGUAAUGUUGAACCUAAUGAAACAUGCCGCACUGGAGGAAUCGGUUAUUACGACGUGAAAUCCAGUACGGGAAACCCCCGAAACCGAUCAUCAUCUCACAAUCACGAUCUCAUCUCAUCCGCACCGCAACUUCACAUCCGCAUUUUAAUGUGUUUUAUCCCCUUUACAGGAGAUUUAUUUGUUAUGUUUUAUUGUGUUAUCAUUGUUAUCGUUUUUUUAUGAAUUAAAGCAACCGUUUACACGGUUGGUUUCGUCUGUCAUUUAUAGCUGGCUUGACUGUGUUUUCAUCACCACUCACAUCCACUUCACACCAUCGUUCGCCACGCUCAGUCGAGCAUGGCGUUCAUCACGAUCAUCAUCAUCACUCCCCCGUCUAGUUAGCCAACGGUUGUCUUAAUGUUUCACUCUCGUUUUUCCCUGCUCCGUUUUGUUCUAGAUGCGUCGACUGGACGGCAAGCAUGAUAUGGCGUAAAUGAUCGUCCCCUCGCACCCCGAGGAGGGCUGAAUUGAACCCCUUUACUCUGUGUGUCCCGUCGACUGUUGUGGUACCGUUGUGGUGUGUUAUGUUUUCUGUGUUGCCGUUUUACUAAUUGUGACCUCAUCCCCUUGUCCACGUGGAGUUUAGUUUUCCUCUUUUUCUCAGUCCGAGCAACGGAUGGACGAGAAGACGUGUCCGGUUUAUGUUUAAGCUGUGUUGCAGGUGUCACUUGAAAACGCAAAUCAUCUUCAUCUGUAGCUGGGUCGCUUGGUAUAUCGUGAGAUAUGCGACGAAGGUGUAUCCAGAUGCAUUAACUAUAAUAAACUUAUAGAAUUAUUGAUAGUUACUAAACUGAA